AUGGUCGCCGGCAAGUUUAUGUCUGUCCCUACAGCCAUGCCCAGAUGGGCCAUGCCUAACACGGCGCUGAGCCACCAUCGCCACCGACGCAUAGAGAGGUAUCUGAUCGCCGCAGUCAUGGUGUACUGUUGUUUCAAAGUCAUCGAAUGGACUCUGUCCCCGCCAUCUUCUCGGAUCCAGUACGACUUUGAGCCCAAGUCCUAUGUCCAGCUCGAACGCCAGCAAGCAGUCAAGAAAGAAUUUCUUCACGCUUGGGAUGGUUAUCGUGACCACUCAUGGAUGGCUGACGGGCUACUGCCCCUGACCGGAGGCAGGAAAACGCAGUUCUGUUCCUGGUCGGCCACCAUGGUCGAUGCCCUCGACACACUCUGGAUCAUGGAUUUAACGGAGGAGUUCAACUACGCUAUCAAUGGGACCAUGACCAUCGACUUCCGGAGCAGUGCUGAAAUGUGUGAGGUGAGCUUGUUCGAGAGCACAAUCCGGUACCUGGGCGGGUUGUUGGGUGCAUACGACCUGAGCCAUGAACCCCGGCUGCUAGCCAAAAUGGUGGAAGUGGGAGAUCUGCUGCACGGAGCUUUCAAGACCAGCAACGGUAUGCCGUGUAGCUAUUGUCACCUGGCCAACACCGACGAAGCUUUUUUCCCGUCAACAAACGUAGCAAUGGCCGAUGUGGGAAGUUUGUACUUGGAAUUUUCCCGGCUGUCGCAAUUGACUGGAGAUCCAAAAUACCAGCGGACGGUUGAUCACGUUCUGGACGUCUUUCAGAGGUCCGUUAAUGACUCUUCAAUACCCGGUCUCUGGCCAGAAAUGGUUGAUUCGAGUUCAAUUGACUCAGACGAUGCCACCAUGCAACGACAUUUUGCUAAAGCGUCGUACGUAUACAGUCUCGGUGCGCUCUCCGACUCGAGCUACGAAUAUCUCGUCAAGGGGCAUCUGAUGCUUGGGGCAGUGAACAGCACAUACGAGGAUCUGUGGACGACCGCAUCGGAUCAGAUCAGGAAUUUCAUGCUCUUUCGCUCCUUCAUCCCAGGUGCAGAUGACGAGACGCGAAAGAUUCUUUUCUCCGGGAUCAUAUCCAGGACGCCAGGUAUGACGGAGAUUGAGCUGGAGCCGAGGACUCAGCAUCUGGCUUGCUUUGCCGGCGGCAUGUUCGCUAUGGCAUCGAGAAUUUUCGGAAAUGGCAACGACUUUGAAAUCGGCAAGCAAUUGACACAGGGCUGCGUUUGGGCAUACGACAACUCUCCCACCGGUCUGAUGCCGGAGACUGUCACUUUAUUGCCAUGCCCAGAACUGGAUAGCGACCAAUGUGAAUGGAAUGCCACCACCUGGGAGUCGUACUCCUUGAACUGCAUGUCUGAGGGGAGUUGCAUCGCGCCUGGCAUGCCACCUGGGUGGAUGAACGUCGCGGACCCCAAGUACAUUUUGCGCCCGGAAGCGAUCGAAUCUGUUUUCAUCAUGUGGCGCAUGACAGGCGACGAAUACUGGCGCGACGUCGGGUGGCGCAUGUUCAACACUAUCAUCCAUCACACACGAACUCCGUACGGCCAUUCCGCCAUCUCAUCGGUCUUGUAUCAGUCGGAAGCGCAGGUCUACCACGAGGGAGUCAUGGUCACGACGCAGCGGGCGAUGCAGACGGAUGACAUGGAGAGUUUCUGGUUCGCUGAGACGCUGAAGUAUUUCUACCUCUUGUUCAGUGAUGUGGACUUGGUUAGUCUCGAUGAGUUCGUGCUCAAUACCGAGGCACACCCUUUCCGACUGGUGGAUAGCCUCAGAGGAUUUUGA